AUGGAGAUCAUCCGCUUAGCCCAGUCGGAGACGCUGCCAGCACAGAAUGAGACGGGAGAUGUUAGCGUAGUCACGAAUGAAGUAGACGACAGACAACAACCCGGCGAGCUCCAACGUCCAUGGGCCUCGUCGGAUAACUGUGCUCUAUACAAACUGGUGGUUUUAGGGCAUCCCGGCUCGGGCAAAACCGCCAUGGUAACCCAGUUUUGCUUAAAUCAUUUUGUAGAGACUUACGACCCCACGAUUGAAGAUUCCUAUCGCAAACAAGUCGUUGUUGACGGCCAGCCGUGCAUGAUUGAGGUCCUUGACACGGCCGGGCACGAAGAGUAUACCGCCCUUAGAGAUCAAUGGAUUCGCGACGCGGAAGGGUUCAUCAUCGAAUAUUCCAUCAGCAGCCGGCGGGCCUUCAAGGAAGUGCGAAGGUUCCAUACGCAGGUAAUGCGGGUCAAGGGCAUGCAGAGUGCAAUCAGCAGCAUCAGCCGAUCUGAGGGCCUGCCCGAAGACUUGCCACCGCCGGUUGUACUGGUCGGGAACAAGUGCGACAAGAUCACCGAACGCGAGGUGUCCACGAAAGAGGGGUAUGAUCUAGCAAGGGAGAUGGAAUGCGAGUUUGUCAAAUGUUCUGCAAAGAACAGCAUCAACGAUGAGAAGACAUUCUACGAUGUCGUUCGGGCAUUGCGCCAGCAGCAGCGGGUUGCGACUCCGCGAAGUUGGUGGUUGACGCGCCCGGGAGAAAAGCCGGAAUCGCCCCCCACGACGGUGUUUGGAGGUUUGGUAGACAGGGUCAAGGGGGCCGCGAGGAGGGUGUUCAAGGAUUGA